AAUAAUGAGAAGGACAUCGUCGCAAAAAAAAAGUCAACCAAAGUGUGGAUUCCUGAUGCACAGGAGGUGUGGAAGUCAGCUGAACUAACAAAAGAUUUCAAGGAAGAUGACCACAUUCUUUACCUCAAACUGGAAGAUGGAACUAACAUGGAAUAUCACAUUAAUAAAAAAACAGAAGAAUUGCCAUAUCUGCGGAACCCUGACAUUUUAAUGGGUGAAAAUGACUUGACUGCACUCAGUUACCUCCAUGAACCUGCAGUACUUCACAAUAUGAAAGUGAGGUUUUUAGAGUUCAACAACAUUUAUACAUAUUGUGGUAUUGUUCUUGUUGCUGUCAAUCCAUACGAACAACUCCCUCUUUAUGGAGAUGAUGUAAUUUAUGCUUAUAGUGGACAGAAUGUGGGUGAUAUGGAUCCCCAUAUCUUUGCUGUUGCUGAGGAAGCAUACAAGCAGCUGGCUAGGGAAGAAAAGAACCAAUCCAUUAUAAUCAGUGGAGAAUCUGGAGCAGGAAAAACUCUGUCUGCUAAGUACAUAAUGCGCUAUUUUGCAACUGUUGGAGGAUCUGCAGGUGAAACCAAUGUAGAGGAGAAGUUUCUAGCAUCCAACCCCAUCAUGGAGGCAAUUGGAAAUGCAAAAACUACAAGAAAUGACAACAGUAGUCGAUUUGGAAAAUAUAUUGAGAUCAGUUUCGAUCGUAGGUAUCACAUUAUGGGGGCCAAUAUGAGAACAUACUUACUGGAGAAAUCACGGGUGGUUUUUCAGGUUGCUGAGGAAAGGAAUUAUCAUAUAUUCUAUCAACUCUGUGCCUCAGCUCAGUUGGGAGAAUUUCCUGAAUUGGAUCUUGGUAGUGCUAAGGAUUACUACUUUGUGAAUCAAGGAGGUGAUUUUUAUAUUUAUGAAAGAGAUGAUGUUGCAGAUCUUAAAAGAACUCGAAAUGCUUUCUCCACAUUGGGUAUCUGUGAAUCUCAUCAAAUGGAAAUCUUUCAAAUUUUAGCUGGUAUUCUUCACCUGGGAAAUAUAAAUUUUCAAUCAAAUGACCGUGAUGGUGAAAAUAGCUUUGUUAAUUUAAAUGAUAAGCAUCUUGAUCAAUUGUGCAAGUUAUUGGGACUUGAGAAAAAACAGUUGGCCCGUUGGCUUUGUCACCGCAAGCUAGUUACGUUAAGUGAAACCUACAUCAAAUCCAUGACUUUGGAACAGGCUGUCCAUUCCAGGGAUGCUCUUGCAAAACACAUUUAUGGGAAGCUGUUUGAUUGGAUGGUGAAUCAGGUCAAUAAAGCCUUAAGAUCAUCUUCAAAGCAACAUGCCUUCAUUGGUGUGUUGGAUAUUUAUGGGUUUGAAACAUUUGAAAAUAACAGUUUUGAACAAUUUUGCAUUAAUUAUGCAAAUGAAAAGCUACAGCAACAGUUUAACUUGCAUGUUUUCAAGCUAGAGCAGGAGGAGUACUUAGCUGAAGGUUUACCAUGGACACUUAUUGAUUACUACGACAAUCAGCCUUGUAUUGAUGUUAUUGAGGCGAAGCUAGGGGUCUUGGAUCUUCUAGAUGAGGAAUGUAAGAUACUUAAUGGAACAGAUGAGAAGUGGGCUCAGAAAUUGUAUAAUCGUCACCUGCAUACAAGUCGUCACUUUCAGAAACCUAGGAUGUCAAAUUCUGCUUUCAUUAUUCUUCAUUUUGCUGCUGAUGUGCUGUAUCAGUGUGAAGGAUUUUUAGAGAAAAAUAGAGACACAGUUUAUGAGGAGCCAAUUAACAUUUUGAAAGCAAGUAAGUCUGAGCUGAUUUCUGAGCUGUUCCAUGAUGAUGCUUCUACAAGAAGAGGUCAGAUCUCCAACGUAACUUUAAAAUCUUUAAGAAAGACCUUGCCAGUGACGAGUGAGCACAAAAAAACAGUGGGAUACCAGUUUCGAGCAUCACUCCAUCUCCUAAUGGAAACUUUGAAUUCAACAUCUCCUCACUAUGUCCGCUGCCUAAAGCCAAAUGAUACAAAGGAACCAUUCUCGUUUAACCCAAACAGAAUGGUACAACAAUUAAGAGCCUGCGGUGUUCUUGAAACAAUCCGUCUCAGUGCUGCUGGGUAUCCAUCUAGGUGGACCUAUGUUGAUUUCUUUAGCCGCUACAGAGUUUUGAUGACAGAAAAUAACAUUUGUGCAGAUGAGAAACAGACGUGUAAAAACAUGUUGGAAGACCUAAUCAAGGAUGAGAACAAAUAUCAAUUUGGAAAGACCAAGAUCUUCUUUUCUGCAGGGCAGGUGGCCUAUCUGGAAAAGCUCCGUACAAACAAACUUCGCGCUGCCUGUAUAAUGAUACAGAAGAUGAUGAGAGGUUGGAUGCAAAGAAAAAAAUAUCAGCAGAUAUGCCAAGCCAUUAUUGUCAUCCAGAAAUACACACGCAGAUUUCUAGCAAAACAACUAGUUGAUCAUUUAAGACUGACAAAGGCUGCCGUAGUUAUACAGAGACAGUAUCGAAUGUUGGCUGUGAGGAGGCUGUAUGUACUCAUCCGUACAGCGGUAAUUACUAUUCAAGCUUAUGCAAAAGGCAUGAUUACAAGACGAAUGUAUCAUAAGAUGGUCCAGGAGCAAAAGGCUACUGUCAUACAGAAGUAUGUGCGAGGAUGGCUGAGCUUUUUAAGAUAUCAAAGAAUCCGGCAUGCGGCUAUCCACUUGCAAUGUUGUUUCCGACGAAUGAUGGCAUAUCGCCAACUGAAGACGCUGAAGGUUGAAGCGCGCUCGGUUGAGCACUACAAAAAACUGAACAAAGGAAUGGAAAACAAGAUCUUGCAACUGCAAUAUAAAGUGAAUGAUCAGAGCAAGAACAACAAAAUGCUUUUGGAACAAAUGGCAGCACUUACUGCUUCUCAUAGAAAUGAGGUGGAGAAACUUAGGAAUGAAAUAGAGCACGUCCAGCAUAGAACAGAAGAAACUAAAAUCUUGAAUCUGCAACAACAAAUUGCACAACUCGAAGAGGAACUGGAGACUGCGCAUAAGGACAGAAGAGAUGCAGAAGUUCAAGCAUCUCAGGAGUUAACUGCAUUGAAACAACACUUCGCUAUUCUUGAAAAGGAGAAAAUUGAUUUAAGUGAUGAAAAAGAAGCUUUAAACCAAUAUCUUCAAGAACAGUCCAAGAUUAUUGAAGGUCAAAUUGCCCUGAAGGUGGCACUGAAGAGUCAACAGUUGCAUGCUGAAUUUGAGGAAGAGCGAUUUCAUUACCAAAACCUUGUGAAAAAAUUCUCCCACCUAGAACAAAGAUAUGAAAAUCUGAAAGAUGAGCUGACUUUCAUUAAGGAAAAUGAAAUGAGAGAUGCUGAUAUUGGAGAGACAUGUAGCAUUAUUAAGUAUUGA